UAAAAGUGUCUUGGGUAUUAGUUUCAGUGCAGGUAGGUAUCAAAGUGUAACGGAGGUAUUCUGAAUUACCUACGGCCGACCACGCCACGUACACAAAGAACCAACUGGAAAGCAGCAUUUCGCAGCGCUAGCCCUCGUUAUCAGUCGCGCAAGAACCUAAUCACUUUCAUUGCAACCCCGCGAAGGAGGUCGCGGCGGCUAUCACCUAUCGCACGCACGCAGUGUGUCCCGCGCAGCAGCCGCGCGCAGGCGUGCGCAUGGCCCUCGCGUGACAGUCGCGCCCCGAUUCGCGACGCGACGCCCGGCUCGCCGGGAAUGGAGGCCUGCUGCGCGAUCAGAGCUGCCGAGGACCUUGUGGGCGACCAGAUUGUCCCUGGCGGCAGUCGCUGGGCCGCUCCGCACGCGCCCGGGCUUCUUGACUCAUGGUUUCAGAUGCAGAUGCAGACAUCUGACUUCGAGUCGCUGCUUUGCAAGCAGGAGGGCGCCUCGCUAGCGCCCGCCCACAUGGACCUUUUUGAUGGCGGCACUUGUUCUCGCGACGAUGCGUUCCUGCGGCCUGCUCUCUGGGAGGACAUCGCCUCCUCGAUCAGGAACAUCGAUCCCGAAAAUGCAAAUAUGCUCGCUCCACUCGGAGCGACACACGUCAAGCUGGAAGCGGAUGAUCCACUGCUUGAAGAAUGCGCUACGCCGCUACUCAGUCCUCUCGAGAUCAAGACGGAAAGACUGUGCGGACCGCCGACGUACGCGCAGCCGCAGCCGCCGCUGCACACGCCGCAGCCACUGCCGCAACCGGUCAGCUCAUUUGCCAAGUAUCCGCCAGCACGCCUGGUGUACAUGUCUCCGCUGACGCCGCCCGGGUCCGACCAAGGCAGUCCAGGCAAUUCGAUGCAGGGCGCGGGGCGCCGGACGCCGCCGCCGCCGUACCACCCGCCGCCUUUAUUGCGCGCGCCGCAACCGCCUCCGCCCCUCCCGCACCAUCACCAACACCAUCACCAACAGGUAAACGUGCCGCCAAUGGGCGCACAGCUGCCAGCGCCGGCGCAGCAGCACCACGCGCCGCAUCACGCUCCGAUGCUGCACUCGAGGCUGGGCCCCGCCUCUGUCAAGUACAACCGGCGGAACAACCCUGAAUUAGAAAAAAGAAGAGUACACCACUGUGACUUCAUGGGUUGCACGAAAGUAUACACGAAAAGCUCUCACCUGAAAGCACAUCAGAGGAUACAUACAGGAGAGAAACCUUACACUUGCCAAUGGCCGGAGUGCGAGUGGAGGUUCGCGCGGUCGGACGAGCUGACGCGGCACUACCGUAAGCACACGGGCGCGAAGCCCUUCAAGUGCGCGGUCUGCGAGCGCUCGUUCGCCAGGUCCGACCACCUCGCGCUGCAUAUGAAGCGCCACCUCCCCAAGACCUCCAAAUGACACGCGCGGAGGGGCGGGGACCAGCCUCCCGCGCCCCAAUCUACACCGGAGGAGUGCAGUGACACUAUCUUCUUGGAGUGCGACCUCGACACAAGCCUGAUGGAGACGUUCUACGGCGCGCU